CCUCUAACCAAUAUUAAUCGGGGGGAGAAGGGGGGAAGUGUUGCUAUGAGAAGUGUCCCACUUAGUGAUUCAUUUUAACCUUCUGGAGUCUUGGCGUAUUUUUGUUGCUUACGUUUUACGGGUUCCCUGUACUUUUUGGACCUGGGUCACAAGACCAAGAUGGCUGCAACUCUGGACGAAGAAACUUGCGCAUCGCUCAGUCUUUUGUUAAAGGCCAAGUCGAAAGAUUUUGUUAAGAAUAUCAUUCAAGAUGGAUAUCAAUACAGAACAGUUGCAGUGCCAACUUCUAUAAUUAAAGCAACUGCUUCUUCUCUAGAUGUUGGUUUUGAUGAAGCAGAAAUGCUAACAGCUAGUGUUGUCAAAAUGGUUAAACUAGCUCUCUAUGAAGGGAUCACAGAUGCAAAAGAUAUGUUUGUGAUGUUUCCUGACACUUUUCACAAGAAUCUAAGGGAACUUUUAGCCAAACUAAUCGCAGAGAAUAUGCCAUCAUGGCAUGCUAGCUCUAUACAUGAACAAGUCUCGCUUCCACGCCUUGUGGAUUUUGAUUGGCGGGUAGAUGUGAAAACAUCAUCUGAUGCAAUUACACGGAUGUCCAUCCCAACUUGUAUUAUGCAGCUGCAGGUAGAAGAGACUGCAUCUCAUGGUGGCUCCAUGCCAACUGUCAGGUGCUUGAAUGUAGAGCUAACCAAGGAGAAGUUGGACACUAUGUUAGAUGGACUCGGUAAAAUUAGAUAUCAACUUUCAUCCGUUGCUAAGUAACAGCCCCUGGAUGCCAUAUCUGCGUUUAAAAUACCCCAUAUAUGAAAACAAGUCUAUUGACCAAAUGCUUUUCAAUGUUUCAGUAAUACUGUAGAAACCAGGUGCAUGACUAUGCUAUGCUAUAGUAUAAACGGUAGACCAGAGGCGUAGCUAGCAAGGAGGGAGGGGGUCAAGCAGAGAAGCAAAAGGAUUGAUGGAGUCUUUUCCAUACAAACUAAUAUUUUUACUACGCUACGGCCUUGUAGAUAGUCAAUUAUAAACUCGCCAUGAUUUACUCAUGAACUUCACUCCGUCGAACAAGUGACAAAAGAACAAUAUUUGGGACUUUCUGAAGUGGCUGCUUUCACUCAUUUUUCAGCUAAAGGCCCAUAAGCAACCAAGCCUACAUCAGAUCGAGGCUCUAUUUAAGCGCUUGUUAAAAAUAGAAAGUCAUCAAAUUGUUUCAAACUUUUAAGAAACCUCUUCUAUCGUUGUUAAAAUCGCGUUAAAAUCGUCGAAAUGCGGCUCAAAGUUUUAAAUAGUUAUUACUUUAUCGUUUUAAAACAAUACCUGGCAAAUAAUUCUAAGAUUUAUCUAUAUGCUGGCAUUUAUGCGAUGUCAUAUGAAAGCGGUUUUACCACCUCAAGCCGAAGGCCGAAGGUCACGGGAAAUUGAAGUAUGUAAAAAGGUUAGUGAAAUUUGUAUUAAUCGUUCACUGGCGUCCAAGAACAAUACAGAGUUCCUUUUGCAUUUUAUGAGUAUUUUAAACACAAGAUAAUGCACUUGUCAUUUGAAACCCCCACCCCCAUGGUCCCGGGGAAGUGUGGGGUUAAGGUGAGGGUUUAGAGCACUUUGAACGAGAAUCUGUCCCGAGGGGGUGGGGGAAUUGACAGUUUUUGACUCGAAGACUUAUCCCCUCCGUGGGGGUUUGAGAAAAGUGAAUAGUGUCACAAAUAUCAUGUUAGUUUCUGGCUUUAGACUCUUCUGUAGCAAGCAAUUCCAUGUAUCAGCGUGUGGCAUGCUGCACGGCGACAUGUCCAAAAACGAAUAAUAAAAAAAAUAAUGCCAGAUGAAGAUUAUUUAUUUUUCCAUCUUUUUUUGUAACUGUUAUCUUCAUAGUAAUUGGUACAAAUGUACUUGCUGAAGUGUACUGGCUUUGAGAGAUAAAAAAAAGCUUAUUUCAGAUGACUUGUUGUCGGGUAGUUGCCUAUAGUUUGCAUCCCAAAGGGGUAGGGGCAUUAAACUGCUGUUUUGUCUCGAGGAGGUGGGGGCUUUUCUUUGUUUUGUACAGGGUCAAAGUCUAACCCCCCCACCCUUCCCCGGGACCAUGGGGGUGGGGGUUUCAAUUUACUAGUGCAUAAGAACAAUCUUUCGCUUUUUUUGCGUUCGUGUCGAUGCCAGUAUCUUGCCUAUAGGGAAUCUUGCACGCAUUGCGUGAUAACAAUCACAACGACUACAAAGGAAUUUGAGUUUAGUUUUCCCGGAAGUUUUUCAAACUCUGAGCCACUCAUUCACAUAUAGAGGGAAUGGAAAUAGGAGGUUCGUUCGAUUGAAAGGUGAGCCUCGAUGCAACCCUGAAAAUGCAAGAAGAACAAACGAUAUGUAGAAGUUUUGCCGUGAGUUGAAUUUGCAAAACAUAGCAGCGAAAUAUAUACUAUAUACUUUCAAUGUGUUCGGCAUAUAUUCUCCUCGACUUCUUGCUUCAUGGUUAUUUAACCUAGAUUUUUAAUUACAGGUUAUAGUACUUAUCAGUGAUAAGACAAAGAAUAGCACGUCUAUUGAAAACCAAAAGUGGACUUUCGGCCGUUGUUCGCACCCCCUGCACCCCCCUGGGUACGGGCCUGCCUUACCAGUGGCUUGCCAGUUUUGACAAGAAAAAUUAUAUAUGGCUAUAUUAAGUUUAAGAUAAAUUACGUAUACAGCGUAAUACAGUAUACGUAUACUGUAAUACAGUAUACGUACUGUAAUACAGUAUACGUUAACGUAUACAGCUUUAUAUAUUAGAUUAUUCACAAACAUUUUGAAGAUAUUUUUAUAGCCGCGGUCAGAUUGUUCCCAGCGAGGGCCAAGUUGAUUUCCCUGAAAAUUAUGUAACAGUAAGAUUUUUUUUAACGUUCAGCAGGGGCGUAGCCCAGGGGGCCCGCCCCCCCCUAGCAGCCAAAAAUACAGUAAGUGUAUGAGACAUUAUCUAAAAUACAUGAGAAAAUGUCUUGAAAGGACCUUUUGGGCCCCCUCCUGUUAAAAAUCCUGGCUACGCCGCUGUUCACGUUUUAAUUUCGAUCAUAUGAUGUGUUCAAUUUGGAAAUAAAUGUAGAGUUACCGGACCUUUUCAAAAUGGCACUAAA